UUUGAAUGAAUAGCCAUCCCUGGUUGUUGUCACUCCACGUUUUGCCUUCGCACUGUUCAAUUGUUUUUAAUUAUUUAAACUACAAAAAAUGGGUCGCAAAUUCCAGAAUAAGAAAAAGAAGGCCGCGCCGCAGCUGGAGAUAGUGCCGCUGGAUGAAAAUCCACCACUGCCGCCACAGAGAUCGUCAGAUGAUGUGGUGCCCAAAAAGGAAAAAUGGGUGAACAAACAGCGCGUGCUGGUCUUCUCCGCCCGCGGUAUUAGCCACCGGGACCGGCACUUAAUGAAGGAUAUUAAGACCCUAAUGCCGCACCACCGACCCGAAUCCAAAAUGGAGCGCUCCAAAACCUUGUCGGUGGUCAACGAAAUGUGCGAAAUGAAGCACUGCAACAAGGCGAUGCUGUUCGAGGGACGCCGGAAAAGGGAUCUGUACAUGUGGAUAUCCAACACCUCGGGAUCGACUGGUCCAUCCGCUAAAUUCCUCAUCGAAAACAUUCAUACAAUGGCCGAACUGAAGAUGACGGGAAACUGCUUGCGGGGAUCACGUCCGCUGCUCUCGUUUGACUCCAAAUUCGACGAGCUGCCGCACCUUAAGCUGCUCAAGGAGCUGUUCGUGCAGACCUACUCCGUGCCCAACCAUCAUCCCAAGAGCCAGCCCUUCGUCGAUCACGUUUUCACCUUCACCUACCUGGACAAACGCAUCUGGUUCAGAAAUUUCCAGAUUCUAUCCGAAGAUGGCGGUUUGUCCGAAGUCGGGCCGCGUUACGUGAUGAAUCCUGUAAAAAUAUUCGAUGGUUCCUUCACUGGCAAAACCAUUUGGGAGAAUCCGGACUACGUGAGUCCAUCCAAACAGCGGCAGGUACUUAAGAAGGCUGCCAAGGAUAAGUACGUGAACCGAGUGGAGCAAAAGGUCAAGCACGAGGCCACGCGACCUAUUAGAGCCUACGAUGGCAUGGAUAACGAUGAGCUAUUCGAGGACGAUGAUCCCGUGGAGACGGCCAAGAUACUGGCUGCGAUAGCCAAAAAGAAGAAGGAGGAAGCCGCCAAACAGACACCCAAAUCGGCGCUGACCAAGAAGAUCAAGGAGAAACAACUGCAGGCCGUGAAAGAUGUGAUUGAAAGAAAGAAGGCAAGAACCAUUAAACGCGUGAAAAAGGUUUAAACACCUCAUUUUACAUUAAGAUACAAAAACGAUUAAACUUUAUAAAUACGUUUACAAACUGUGCAUCCUAAGUUUGAAUAUAUCAAUAGACAAG